AUGCGUAUUUUCCAAUUCAUAGCGUUUGCAACACUUGUCGCUCAUGCUCAUUCAGCUACUAGACAAUUGAAUUUGUUUACCAAAGUCAAGGGCGACUCUCCACUUAAGGAGAAGUUUGACAACAAACCGAUUUUUUUCCAAACCGAUCCACUGGGACACUAUUAUCUCGAGGUGGCGACUGACGAUUCAAGUCUCGCAAAACGAGAGGUUUUUAGUGUUUAUACGUACGACGAUGAAGAGCAGGCCAUUUAUAAACAAAUUACUGAUAAUUUGAGGGCAAAUCUAACUGCUGAGGAUGCAGUUUUGCAAAUGACCUUUCUUAAGCCAUUGGUUACACGAUUAAUUGAAUUGAAAAGUGGCUUAUUAGAGAGAUUGUUGUCUUUUAAAGAUAUUGCAGGCUUGUUCAUUACAGAAAACGUACCAUUACCUGGGGGGCAACAACUGUCAGCCUAUGUCGUUACAGCAUCCGGCUAUAAAAAAAUUGGAGAUCAGAAGAUUCCCAUUGAUAUUGUUGCGAGAGAAGUAAGAUGA